GACGAUAGUGCUUCGAAGGCGCUGCGGCUUUGGGAGGGUGGUGUCGGUACAUUCACUAUUUCGAAGAAUCGAAAAGAUCAAGUUAACCUGGUGCGGCGUGGCUUCCGCGCUGGCGGUGACUGUCCGUGCCAGCUUUCCUUAGAGGCAGGCGCACCGGCGUUGCGUUGAGCACUCCUCACAACACUGGAACCCACAUUUAGUUGUUGACGUGCAACAAGAACACUGAAGAAGCAGACUUAAGACCGGCAUCAAGGCAACCACCAUGACAGUCUACCAGGAGCCCAACGGCACCGACGCAAUCGUUGUCCCGCUCUGGAUCAACGGUGAACAGAAGACGAGUUCCUCGAGCUUCAAGGUGAUCAGUCCUGGCUUGGGCACCGCUUGUUGGCGAGCAGCGACGGCGAGCAAAGGGGAUGUGAUCGAGGCCAUAGACGCCGCGCAAGGCGCCUUUCCUAGCUGGAGCAAGACGAAGCCCAGCAUGCGCGUUAAGAUCCUGCUCCGAGCAGCCGACAUCAUGGAGCACAACAUCGACGAGUACGCCGGCUUCAUGGCCACAGAGAUGGGCGCCGACAUAGGGGUCGCGAAGUUCUUCGUGACGCCCUUGAGCAUCUGUAUGCUUCGAGACAUCGCGAGCCGCAUAUCGAGCAUCUGCGGAACGGUACCCGUGUGCCAAGACGAGGGAACCAGCUGCAUCGUGUACAAGGAGCCGUAUGGCGUGACACUUGGGAUUGUUCCUUGGAAUGCCCCCUACGUCUUUGGAAUCCGCGCCGCAGCCACCGCUAUCGCCACGGGAAAUACGACCAUCUUAAAGGCGUCGGAACUUACGCCUCGCUGCUACUGGGCCAUUGGCAAGGCCUUUUCUGAGGCAGGAUUGCCUCCGGGCGUGCUCAACAUUCUGACCUGCCCGCCAUUUGAUGCCCCAAAUAUCGUGAAUGCUAUGAUUGCGCAUCCCGCUGUCAAGAAGAUCAACUUCACUGGAAGCGCUAGUACCGGCAGGAAGGUAGCCCGAGCGUGUGGCGAGAAUCUGAAGCCAUGUCUUAUGGAGCUGGGAGGGAAGAACAGUGCUAUUAUACUCCCAGAUGCCAAUCUUAACAAGGCAGUGACUGAGUGCAUCGCUGGCUCGUUCCUCAAUGCUGGGCAGAUAUGCAUGGGAACCGACCGUAUCAUCCUCCACGCCGAGAUUGCCCAACCUUUCCUCGCAGGCUUAAAAGCCGCGCUGACAGCGAUGAGCAAACAGCCUGCUCCACUCCCACGGGUGGUUAGUUCGGCCUCCAAGGAUCGUCUCCAAUCCCUUGUAUCCAGCGCCCUGGCGGCCGGAGCAGAGAUGGUGUUCCGCGGGGAUACUGAUGAAGUGAUCGAUAAAAGCGGAACCAUCUUCAUUCCCGCAAUUCUAGGUGGCAUCAAGGACGACAUGGAGAUCUGGACCCAGGAAUCGUUCGGCCCCGUCGCAGCUUACAUGGUGGUUCAGGACGAAGACGAGGCAGUGAGACUCGCCAAUACCACCGAGUACGGCCUGUCGGCUGCCGUGUUCACGAAAGAUCUCCGUAAAGGUCUUGCCAUUGCGAAGCGACUGGAAUCAGGAGCGGUGCAUAUAAAUAGCAUGACUAUCCACGACGAGCCUGCCCUUCCGUUUGGUGGUAUCAAGAGCAGCGGAUGGGGAAGGUUCAAUGCGGCUAGCGGUAUGGAGGAAUUCCUGGUCACGAAGUCGGUCACUUGGGACGACUAGAUUCCCAAUCUUCCAUCUGCUAUAACGAUGGAUCUUGGCCGAUAGCUUCGACGGACCAAGCGAGCAGUGAGGGAAAUGGCUU